GCGAGCGCGCGUGCGCCCCUCCUACGUCGCCGGGAGCCGGGCCAGAGCGAGCGCGGGCCCGGCGCGCAGGAGUGAAAAGGAGGCGGCGGCCGAGGCCGCGAGCGACAGAUCCCGGCGCUGCGAGCAGGCGCUCUCUGCGGCGGGGUCGUUUCUUUUCUCAAUUCCUUAAAAAAAAUUAAAUCUAAAAAUCUAUUUUUUAAAUGGCGCUGGCCCGGGGUGGGCGGGCGGCUUUCUCUGCAUCGAGAUGGGCUUUGCCGAUUCCGUCGUGGGCACCGGUGGUGGCCUGAUUGUCAGUUUUCUCCGAGCGAUUUCGAGGCCAGGGGCCGAGCCGUGCACGUAGGCGAGGCUGCCCCUGAGCGGCCUGGCUCGCGGCGUCGUGGUUGUCGUCGGGGGCGGAGGACAGCGGCCCGCGCGCCCGCGCUCUGCAGACCAGCUGCAGGCCGGCCGAGGGCGAGGCUCCCGCCGGGUGGCGAGCCCGGCCCGCGCGCAGUCCGGCGGCCCGCGAGUGCGUCCUCUCCUGCGGCGCCGGGAAGAUGGAGGCUGUGAUUGAGAAGGAGUGCGGCGCGCUCGGCGGCCUCUUCCAGACUAUCAUCAGCGACAUGAAGGGGAGCUAUCCAGUUUGGGAAGAUUUUAUAAACAAAGCAGGAAAGCUGCAGUCCCAGCUGCGGACAACAGUAGUAGCAGCAGCUGCCUUCUUGGAUGCCUUUCAGAAAGUGGCUGACAUGGCCACCAACACACGUGGCGGCACCCGGGAGAUCGGCUCGGCCCUCACCAGAAUGUGCAUGCGGCACAGAAGCAUAGAAGCCAAGCUGAGGCAGUUCUCGAGUGCUUUGAUUGACUGUCUGAUCAACCCACUUCAAGAGCAGAUGGAGGAGUGGAAGAAAGUGGCCAACCAGCUGGAUAAAGACCAUGCGAAAGAAUAUAAAAAAGCUCGCCAAGAGAUAAAAAAGAAGUCCUCAGAUACACUGAAACUGCAGAAGAAAGCAAAGAAAGUGGACGCCCUGGGGAGAGGCGAUAUCCAGCCCCAGUUGGACAGUGCUCUCCAAGAUGUCAAUGACAAAUACCUCUUGUUGGAGGAAACAGAAAAGCAGGCAGUGCGCAAGGCUUUGAUUGAAGAGCGGGGCCGAUUCUGCACCUUCAUCUCCAUGCUGCGGCCAGUGAUCGAGGAGGAAAUCUCGAUGCUGGGGGAAAUCACCCACCUGCAGACCAUAUCAGAAGACCUGAAGAGCCUGACCAUGGACCCUCACAAACUUCCCUCCUCAAGUGAACAGGUGAUUCUGGACUUGAAAGGUUCUGACUACAGCUGGUCCUAUCAGACGCCUCCCUCUUCUCCCAGCACCACCAUGUCCAGAAAGUCAAGCGUCUGCAGCAGCCUGAACAGUGUCAACAGCAGUGACUCCCGCUCCAGCGGCUCACACUCACACUCUCCCAGCUCGCAUUACCGCUACCGCAGCUCGAACCUGGCCCAGCAGGCGCCUGUGAGGCUGUCCAGCGUGUCCUCCCACGACUCAGGAUUCAUAUCCCAGGAUGCCUUCCAGUCCAAGUCACCCUCCCCCAUGCCGCCAGAGGCUGCCAACCAGAACUCAUCCAGCUCGGCCUCCUCCGAAGCCUCGGAAACCUGCCAGUCAGUGAGCGAGUGCAGCUCUCCCACCUCUGUCAGCUCAGGCUCCACCAUGGGCGCCUGGGUGUCCACAGAGAAGUUGUCUAAUGGGUUUUCUCACUGUAGUUUAUCAAGUGAGGCCCAUGUGGGGCCCGUGGGUGCAGGCCCUUUCCCUCACUGCCUGCCCGCCUCCCGCCUGCUCCCUCGGGUCACCUCUGUCCACCUUCCAGACUGCGCUCAUUAUUACACCAUUGGGCCUGGCAUGUUCCCGUCAUCUCAGAUCCCUAGCUGGAAGGACUGGGCGAAGCCAGGCCCCUACGACCAGCCUCUGGCGAACACCCUGCAGCGCCGCAAGGAGAAGCGCGAGCCCGACACUGGUGGCAGUGGACCCGGAGCAGGGGGAGGCCCGGCGGGGGCAGAGGAGGCGCAGAGGCCGCGCAGCAUGACUGUGUCGGCUGCCACCAGGCCCGGGGAGGAGAUGGAGGCUUGUGAGGAGCUGGCCCUGGCCUUGUCCCGGGGCCUCCAGCUGGACACACAGAGGAGCAGCCGCGACUCACUGCAGUGCUCGAGCGGCUACAGCACGCAGACCACCACGCCGUGCUGCUCCGAGGACACCAUCCCCUCCCAAGUUUCAGAUUAUGAUUAUUUCUCUGUAAGUGGUGAUCAGGAGGCAGACCAGCAGGAGUUUGAUAAAUCCUCCACUAUCCCGAGGAACAGUGACAUCAGCCAGUCCUACCGACGAAUGUUCCAAGCCAAGCGCCCAGCCUCGACAGCCGGCCUCCCCACCACCCUCGGACCUGCUAUGGUCACCCCAGGGGUCGCCACCAUCCGACGGACCCCAUCUACCAAGCCUUCCGUCCGCCGGGGGACCAUUGGUGGUGGUCCCAUCCCCAUCAAGACACCAGUGAUUCCUGUCAAGACACCAACAGUCCCAGACCUCCCUGGGGUGCUGCCAGCCCCUCCAGACGGGCCAGAGGAGCGGGGUGAACAUAGCCCCGAGUCGCCGUCUGUGGGUGAGGGCCCUCCGGGUGUCACUGGCAUUCCCUCCUCUCUGUGGAGUGGCCAGGCCUCCGUCAACCCUCCACUCCCAGGCCCAAAGCCCAGUAUCCCUGAGGAGCACAGACAGGCAAUUCCAGAAAGCGAGGCUGAAGACCAGGAAAGGGAUCCCCCAAGUGCCAGCGUCUCCCCAGGCCAGCUGCCAGAGUGUGACCCUGCAGACCUGAGCCCGAGGGAUACCCCGCAGGGAGAAGACAUGCUGAAUGCCAUCCGCAGGGGCGUGAAACUCAAGAAAACCAUGACAAAUGACCGCUCUGCCCCUCGCUUCUCUUAGGCUCCCAGUGGAGGAUGAACUCUUUAAUUAAUAAAACCUAAUUUGUCUCGAUCCAUUCCAACCUAUAAUCAAAAAAUUUUGUAGGCAAUUCAGAAUUCAGCUCUUUUGAAAAUACUCAACAUAUUUAGAUAAGAAUUAAAAGCAAAAUAUGUAACUGACAUAAUUUUGAUCUUUUAAUUUGUAAAUAUUGACAGUUUUCUUUCUGCACAUUUUAAUCUUAGUUUCCCUUUUGAUUUUUCUGAAGGUGCCAAAUUCCAUUUAACUUUUUUAUAAGUCUUUGUAAAAUUUUAAAUGCAUAGGGGGGUGGGUUGGGACGGGGGAACCACAGAGUAGUUAAUUUCAGAAAAGGAUUACUAUACUUAGUUCUUUUUUCAUCCCAGCCCCUGCAAGCUUUUGUAGAUGCAUUGUAGUAGUCUAGCUUAGAAGCAAAUUCAAGUUAUUUUAAUGUACAAACAAAAUGGGUAAGGGGUAAAAUUCUCACUUAAGUAUACUAUGUUCUGGAUAAGAAAAGCAGGACUAACAACUGAGCAAUACUCAGAAACGUGGUAGACUGUGUUGUGGGGGGUGUGGGAGGGCACUGUCAGCAUAGCCGAUCCUGUUACCUUUAAGAGUAGCCUUGUAGGUUGAAUUUCUAGUAGCUUCCUGGUAAAUGCAUCCAAAUAAGCCAUACUGGAUUGCAGUGUUUUGUUCCUGUAGGGUGUUUAAGGACUCCUUCCUCCCAUGAUUCCUCCUGACUGCACACAGCACCCACCUCGAAUCCCAUGCAUGCCACCACCGCCACAGAGUAGAUGUGGAACCCCUGCAUUAGUUCUGCGUCUACUGUGCUCACGUUCAUUGAAUCCAAAUACAUCUGAGAGGGUAAGGCAGCUUUGGAAAUGUGAAAACACUAAAAAGUAAUAGCAGGGAGUUCUUAGAUAUAGCAAAUGCCUUUUACUUACUUGUGCCCAGCAGGCUGGGUACACUGAAAAGCCCAAAUAUUUUGAAAAAACUUGAGUGAAUAUAUCAAGGGUAACCAGCUUGGAGUCCAGCGACUUGCCAAAGUGUUUACCAACCUGGGGGCUUGUUUUUCUUAUCUUCCUUAAAGAAAUGGCAGUGAAUUGGCUUCAUACUGAACACCAACUGGAGGAUUGGCUUGCCAUUGGGAAUCUAACCACUAUACUUUCCCUUUUAAUUUGCAUUUUAGGCAGUGUUUUUUGGAAUUCUUAAGUGCAAGUUGAGUUUGUUAUAAUGCCUAUCCCCUGAAGUCAACAGAGAUCUGUAGAUUGAAAGGGGUCAAAUUUGGAGAAGACAGCUAUUCUAAGAACGAAAGUAGGCCCCUACCGGUGGGUGACAGUGUGCGAACGUCUGCCCCUCUGGAGGGCUUCUGGGUCCUGCCUGCUCUGCAGGUUUCUGUUGGCUCUAACCUUCAUGACGUGUUUUCUGCUUUGCCACACAGCUGCACUGGAUGUGAGUAGCGUACCUGUACAGUCACUGUUCUAUAUAUUAACACUUAACAUUGCUGUGAUUGCUCAAGACAUUUUAUGUUAUGGCUUUCAAGCAAGGCAUGAUUACUAGAGACUAUUUAAGCUUUUUCCUUUGAAAAACAAGCUCCUUUAACAGACUAUAAGCAACAGUAGUGCCUGUGGUUUAGCCCACCAAUCUUGAUGACUAAAAGUAGCUGAUGCAUUGUGCAUAUGAUGCUUGAGAUGGUUUUUGCAAAAGCAGAAAUCAUUGCAAGGUGAUUACAAUAGAUAAAAGUGGUAUUUUAAACAUUCAAAAUAAAUGGAUGUAACUGUACCUUGGUACAGCUUUUCACUUGUUUAGUUUUUAAACAUUAGUAUAAUCUGAAUAAACAAUAUAAAAUGUUGCCAAAUUCAAUGUAGAGAAUGUGACAAAACACCUUGGAUAGUUCUGUUUGUGUUUUUGCAUAUUGUAAAAGCAGUGUCACAGGUAAAAACAAAUCCUUUCUAAAGGUAAAUUGUGGUUUAGUUGCUAGUUUGUACUAAGAGUUGACCUCUCCCUGUGCAGUUUUUUUGUUCCAAACUUUGUAUAAAUAACAGUUGUGUAACGUGUCUCCCUUCUACACUGUAACAGUUGCUUCAGCCUACAUUAUAAAUAAAGAACCACUAAGAAAAAAA